CUCUUCAAAACACGCCCACUCACUCACUCACUCACUCCUCCUCUACCCGAAAACACACUCUCUCUUUCUCUAAAACAGACAAAGCGCGCCAUCAUCUCCAUCUGCUUUUACCCAGAAUCCGAAUCAGUGCGAAACUGGACCCGGGAACGAGACUCGUAAAAGAGCAGGCGUUACAUCCGCUGGCGUUUUAGCUGGAUUGCGUUCAUUUUCAUGGAUCGGUUGCGGGUGGAUUUGAAGCGACCCUUCCGAUCUUAGCCGACAUGCACCGGGUCUCUACCGACACCGGCCCGGCUUUAUCAUGCUGUUCAGGCUCUUUGCGAGGAGUAGGAGGAUGCGCUGGCUGGGAUGCUAUCGGCUCGGACCCAUGUGGAAAGUGCUGCUGGUGUUUGUGGUCAUCGCCUUUGCAGGCCAACUCCUGGGGGUCCUCUUUAAUAAAAGCUGGGUGCAGCCUGAGCGGCCUCGGUCUCUGUUCUCUCUUUCCGAGAAUGGCCAAGGGCCUCCUCUGGGUUCCUGUAGGCCCCAAACUCACAUCAUGUUCCUGAAGACCCACAAGACAGCCAGCAGCACCAUUCUCAACAUGCUAUACCGCUUUGGUGAGGAGCAGGGCCUGCGUUUUGCCCUCCCAAUGGGCUACCAGUUUGGCUAUCCACUCCCCUUUAUAGCACAAAGGGUCAAAGGGUACAGGGGUCCCCAUGUAGCCGAGUAUGACAUCAUGGGAAACCACAUGCGCUUUUAUAAGCCAGAGGUUGAUAAAGUUAUGCCUGCAAAUACUUUCUAUUUCUCCAUUUUACGAGACCCUGUGGCAUUAGCCGAGUCAUCCUACGCCUAUUACAAAAAUGUUGCCCCUGCCUUCCGACGUUCCAAGGGACUAGGCGACUUUGCAGAUAACCCGAACAAAUACUAUGAUCCCAGACUGCGCAAUAACCACUAUGCUCGCAACCUGCUAUGGUUUGAUUUUGGCCUUGAUCACAAUGCUAACUACUCCUUGGCUCUUGCAAAGCGUGGUGAAGCAGCAGUACGACGCAACUUUAAACUUAUCCUUCUGUCUGAGUACUUUGACCAGUCCAUGGUGCUGCUCCGACAUGCUCUCUGCUGGCCUCUGGAUGCUGUUGUGUCUUUUAGUCUAAAUGCAAGACAGCAGAUAUCCAAGAGCAGGUCAGGCUGGGUGGGGAAGGCAGCUUCUCCAGCAUCUUUGCAAUUGACAGAAGAGCAGCGUCAGAAGCUGCGUGAAUGGAACGCUCUGGACUGGCACCUGUACCAAACCUUUAACAGCACUUUCUGGGGUAAAGUUGAGAGAUUCGGUCAAGCGAGGAUGGACACUGAGGUGACCUUACUGCGGAGUAGACGUGAAAUUCUGGCCCGCAUAUGCCUGCGUGAUGGAGGUCGGCCGAUUGAAGCUAGUCUCAUUCGAGACAGGGCCAUCCGUCCCUUCCAGAGUGGCCUGGUUAAGAUUUUAGGGUAUGAAUUGCAGCCAGGUCUGGACAAUGCCACUAGGCAAGCCUGUCUGCGUAUGAUUAGGCCAGAAAUCCAGUACAAGGAUCUGUUGGAUCUUCGACAGUUUCCUCGUGCCCAACAACAUCCAGGAGCAGCAGGGGCUGGAAACGCACUUGCUGUUAAGAAGGAUUCGUCACUUCGUAGGACUGGACAGCAGGCCGGAGAAUCAUUAGAGAGGGAUUGGGAUGGAACCAUACUGGUUCGUAAUAAAUCCCAAGUACAUGUGGACAUUAAGGGAAAACUGAGAUAAUGAGUGAAAUAGCCACACUUGUUUUCCCAAUUUAUGGCUCUACUGGGCCUCUGCACUACACUACUCCGAGCUGGAGUUAGAUCCUGACUUGUAAUACUUGCUCAGCUUCUGAACUCCUCUUCAUCUUGCCCUCUUGAGGUAUCAUGCAUUAAAUCAUGUGAUUUUGAUGGUAGUGUGUAAAGAGCACUGUGUUGAGGAAUGCAGUGGAACAAAUACAAUGUAACUGGCCCUAUUACACAGCAGUGGGAAUGAUGCAUGCUAGGUGAUGUGUGAUGCAGUUCGUUUACAUCGUGGUGCAUGGUGUCGGUUUCUUCUACUGCUUUACUUGAGCUGCAAUAGUACAAAAGCAUUUUGAAUGCUACCCAUGGUCUCUCACUCCCACAAACACACUUUACAUUUCAUUUCACCCUCCCUCCCACACAGACAAUUUGGCAUUGAGCCACAUAGCACUUUUCAGAUUGACACUGCUUCUGUGCCUAGUGACAGCACUGAAAUAGAGCGUAAAACCAUCGACUGGCAUACAAAUACCACUAAAGCAGAAUCGUAGUUCCCUUACACUCUGGCACAAAUCUUUGAAAUGAAUGCAAAGAAAAUCAAUGACAUUGGUUUGGGUGUCAGCAAUUGAUUUAUGAUCAGUACACCAUGGCUUUGUAGUGCAGGACUGCAGGAGGGAAGGCACACUGUAUGGAAAAUAAGAGCCUUUUUUUGCAUUGUGUACCAUAACAGGACUUGUUCAUGGUCAUAACAUUGCAUAAUGCUUCACAUUUAUAUAAGCUACAUAAAAUUUCUCCAGUUGAUGACACUGAAGAAAUUUUGCAUACAUGAAACGUGUACUUGGUCCAUCAGAUGGAUUAGGCUAUUCCGCUCACUGUAAUCAACCUCUUGGCUCCAGUCUGAGGUUAUUUUCUCUUAUUUAUAUUACAGUUUUGAAUUUCUGUGUAUAAAAUGGUAUUUAUUUGUCAUUUCAGAUGAAUUUAAAUUUGAAUCAUUAGUAAUGAUUUAGAGUGCUUAAACAUUAGUGUAGUAUAAUCAAUGAUAUCAGUUCUGCCUUUCAGUGUUUCAGGUUUAUUUUUAUGGCAGUGAACCAAUACCACUUAACAUACUCCAUGUAGGUAGAAAUGUGCAUGAUUUUGCUAACCUGGAUUUCUAGUAAAAUUGGAGUGACAGAGAUGGUGAAUGUCAACUGAAUAUAAGAAAGCUGUGAAAAAAAUGAUCAAAUACAUAUGUGUCCAAAUCCAAAAUUGAGUGAUGCCUUACUUUCUGAAACUAGUUGGAAGAGGGCUUGAUUAUUAAUGCUUGAUGUAUUCAUGUUUUUUUUUCUUCUAAAAAAAAGCAUUUAAUGUCUGUAAUGUAUUUAUAGUUUUCUGAAAAUGCAAGCGUCUCAGUCUUGUGGUAUGUAGAAUGAUGGUAUGUAAAUUAAGUAUGAGUUUUACUGAAAUGCAUCGCACAGCUUGAUAAAGCUGAACAUAUUAACUGGUUGUUCAGCUUCCAUGUUUCAAUUUAUAAAAGUUUAUAACUUUUUCCAGUUCAGGGAUAAUUAUUAAACCAGAACACUCCAUGUGUAGUCAUUAUAAUUAUAGUAAGUGAUGUGAAGUGUAUGUUGAAAUAGUGCAUGUUUAUAAAUAGCACUCACUGACCGUGUUUAGUAGGAAUACCAUCAUCGCUGUUACUGUCACAUUACAUAUUGAUUUUGUAUUUUGCAAUACUUUUUUAAGAACAAAUACACUUGAGCCAAGGGCAGUAUCCAUAGAUGAGUUUUGGAGCCCGAGAAGAUCAAAACAAAAACAAUUCCAAUGUAAAAUCUGUUUGUUAUAGAGAUCUUUGUUUCUUUCAUACUCUAAAUCAAUAUCCCAUACUAAUGUUUGACACAAGAUGGCAAAUAGUAGAGGAAGAUUGAAAGUGUGUGCCAACUAAUACAGACACGUAUGCCAGCAUAUUGCAUGAUGGAAAUGAAGCUGAACACUAAUUAAGACUCCCUGAUCUCAACCAAAGCUUUGCAUCUUCAUAUGCAAAAGAUUUGUACUGUAUAGAGGCUGCAAUUUGUCAACCAGUAUAUACACAAGUACCUAACAGACGUUAGGGGAUUGUAAGAAAGCAAUAUGAUUUGAUUUGGAUGUGUUGUAGCAUUUUUAUCAACUCUUGCUGAAAUUGUUUUUUUUUUUGUUGACAAGAAUAGAGAAAGCCUUCAGCUCAAUUUACCUGCACCUGGCAGUUCAUAUUUGUUUUGUUCUGACAUGAUAGCAUUCCAAAAAAUAAAUAUAUAUAUUUAAAAACAAGACAGAUGACUUUUAGACAAAAAAAGGCCCUUAUUACCAGUCUGUUGGUGUUUCCAUUAUUGUCUACAUCUGUAUUAGAUUGCUGCUCUGUCAUAAUUCAUCUCAAGAGUAGAUAUCUUACAUUCGAAGUUGGUUCACAAAAGAAAACUUGAAUUUCCAUUUAUUCACUGAUGCUUUUCAAGUUAAUGGUACACCAAAGAGUUGCUGAUAUGUUUUAGUUAUGAAAUACAGAACCCGUGACUGUGAAAAUAGUAAUCCUAAACUAUAAUUGAGGGUUUUUUUUUGGUUUUCUGUUGCUCUUGUAUCUG